UCAUCCAGGGAUACAAAUGUUUUUAUCCACAUUCGUAGUCCAUCAUCGGAGCAGAAUUAUAAAUAUUUACUUAGAACUACAAUAGUAAACUUAUAUAAGCAUGGAACAGACACACUGCAGCGCCUGACACGGAGAGAUCUGAGCGUUUGGAAGAGAACAACUCUGAAGUAACAGGACAGACUGAAACUUUGUAUCCGCACCUUUGUUUUGUCAAACUCUGGUUGGUUGCAAGAGUAACAGACGAAUCCGAACACACGAAUGGAUAUCAAAUGAUUCCCGUGGACUGUUUGGGGAGGUUUAUUUUAGGGUGUGCGCACACGGAGCGCAAAAGUGCUGCGCCGAAAAAACGCAAUCUGGUUUUCUGAUCUGAUCAUGGGACAACUGGGAAUCUCUUGUUUUUUGUAACAUCGGCACAGUCACGUUUGUAAGAUUUGGGGGUGAGUGCGGAUUACAGCAGCGCUUGCAGACGGAAGAAAGUUUCCUCCGUUUCGGUUUUUUUAAACAGACUUUUGUGGUGCUAUUUUCGGGACAAAAUGCCUCAGUUAAACGGAGGAGGUGGUGAUGACCUGGGAGCUAAUGAUGAACUAAUUUCCUUCAAAGAUGAAGGCGAGCAAGAGGACAAAAUAUCGGCGAACGUGUCGUCGGAGAGAGAUCUGGACGAAGUGAAGUCUUCUUUAGUGAACGAAUCGGAGAACAACAGCAGUUCAUCUGACUCCGAACCAACAGACAGGCGUUCCCAAGCCAGACUCGAACUAGAAAGUUACGAGAAACAACGAGAGUACUUUGCAGAAGCUCUGAGGCGACAGCAAGACGGAGCCUUUUUCAAGGGACACCCUUAUGCUGGUUAUCCGUUUCUUAUGAUCCCAGAUCUCACUAAUCCAUACCUCUCCAACGGCUCUCUAUCUCCCAGCACACGAACGUAUCUACAAAUGAAAUGGCCUCUUCUUGAUGUUCCUGGGACAGCGGCCCUCAAAGACCCCAGAUCACCCACACCAGGGCAUUUGUCCAACAAGGUUCCUGUGGUACAACACCCCCAUCAUGUUCACCCCCUCACACCCUUGAUCACAUACAGCAACGAACACUUCUCCCCCGGGACGCCCCCUUCUCACCUUUCACCAGAGAUUCUCGACCCAAAGACAGGCAUACCAAGGACCCCCCACCCAUCAGAGCUGUCCCCAUAUUACCCUCUUUCUCCUGGGGCAGUUGGACAGAUUCCACACCCUCUAGGAUGGCUUGUUCCUCAGCAAGGACAACAUAUGUACUCCAUCCCUCCCGGAGGCUUCAGACACCCUUACCCUGCACUCGCCAUGAAUGCCUCUAUGUCUAGUCUGGUAUCCAGUCGUUUUUCUCAUCACAUGGUGCCUCAUCCUUCUCAUGGCCUGCACCACACGGGCAUCCCUCACCCCGCCAUUGUGUCUCCUGCCAUCAAACAGGAGCCGAGCGGCGACCACGGCAGCAACUCUGCACACGGAAAGCCCUCAGUGCCUAUGAAGAAAGAGGAAGAGAAGAAACCUCACAUCAAGAAGCCCCUAAAUGCCUUCAUGCUCUACAUGAAAGAAAUGAGAGCCAAAGUUGUUGCCGAAUGCACCUUGAAAGAGAGCGCAGCCAUUAACCAGAUCCUGGGCAGGAGGUGGCACUCUCUUUCACGCGAGGAACAGGCCAAAUAUUACGAACUUGCCAGGAAAGAACGACAGCUGCAUUCUCAGCUUUAUCCAGGCUGGUCCGCGCGAGAUAACUACGGAAAGAGGAAGAAACGGAAGAGAGACAUUAAACCUGACUCCCCACCAGAGAGUCAUUUCUCACCCCAACCCAAGAAGCAGUGCAUCCCGUACCUGCCAUCUGAGAAAAUGUGUGACAGCCCUACCUCCUCUCAUGGCAGCAUGCUUGAUUCGCCCGCAACGCCCUCCGCUGCCCUGGCAUCACCGGCAGCCCCUGCGGCCACUCACUCUGAGCAGGCACAGCCGCUGUCCCUCACGACCAAACCAGAGGGGCGAGCACACUAUCCCCACUUCCCCCUGCCAGGGAAACCCUCGGGUUCAAGCUCCACUUCCAAUUACUCUUCCUCGCCCACUUCAACCAACUCUGUUUCCGCCCAUCCGAGCAUGUCUCUCCACAGCCAAUCAGCAGCCCUCCUCUCCCGCCCCAUCCCAUUCACCUCUUUGCCCCCGUCUCUGCUGUCCCCGUCUUCGCCUUUCCACCAGGCAGCCCUACAUUCCCGUCAUGCCUUGCUUCAGACGCAACCACUCUCCCUGGUCACCAAAUCAGUGGAGUGAAUGGAAUAAAAUGACAAAAUAAACUUUUUACAGCUGUAUAUUGCUUUUUUUAUUUUUAUUUUUUACCUUUUUAUAGAUGCCUAGACCAUGUUUUUAAGAUUUAAUGAAAAGGAAAAAUUAUUGGUCAAUAUUUGACCACCCCUCUAUUUUGCCUUUCUCUUUGAAACAAGUGUAUUUUUUUGUAAAUUACCUUACGGUUACCUUUUCCAACGUUAUUCUCCAAUGUCGCUACUUGUAUAAAAAAACAAAUGUAUAAAAGUUUCAUUUUUUUAAGACAAACUUGACAAAAUACAAUUUGUAGUUUUAGUUCAAUUCAGUCUAAUGGUAGAUAGGAGUUUACUCUGCAUUACUGGUUUGUUUCUUUCUUUUGUUUUUUUUUUAUUCUUUCUUGCUUUUGGUACCAUCUCACCCUUUUCCUAACCUUGUGUGUGUGACUCUCCUAAGACUCCAUAGCUAAUAAACA